GGCUCCAAGCUCCGGCCACGGCCACUACCCGAGCCCCGGGCUCCUCCUCCACCCCCCCCGGGCCCUAUCCCUGUCCCUGUCCCUCGGCGGCGGCUCCACCAUUCCAGGCCCGCGGCCCCCGGGCACCGAGCGCAGCGACCUUUGGAAAGGAAACAGUAAGAAGCUGUUGACCACUAACGGACGAUGAUUUGUUUGCUGUUUGCAAAGCCACUUUUUCUGGGACUCCUGUCACCGAGAGAACAUUGCAGCAAGCUGCCUUGAUGCCUUUAAUCCCAAUCCCCCGGCGGGUGCGUUCAUUCCACGGCCCCCACUCUACAUGUCUACACUCGACAUGUGGCCCUGUUCGGACGGCGCACCUUGUCCGGACCAAAUACAACUUCGACCUUUACUUGAAACCACGGUGGCUGUUUAGUUUCAUCCGCUUCCUGCUGUACUUCAGCUGCAGUCUUUUUACAUCCAUACUCUGGGUGGCACUCUCUAUCCUGUUCUGCAUCCAGUACUUCUCCAUACGUGUGUCCUUGCGCUUUCAAUACAAGCUGUCCAUAGUGCUUCUGUUGCUGGGGCGUAGGCGUGUUGACUUUAACACCAUGAAUGAACUCUUUAUCUAUGGGAUCCAUGUGACAAUGCUGCUAGUUGGAGGACUGGGCUGGUGUUUUAUGGUGUUUGUUGAUAUGUAAAUAAGAGUGCAUGUGAAAAGAAAACAGUUUUGUGCAUUAUAAUGUAAAAUAUAUUGUUUACAAUCAUGCAAAAAGAUUUAUUUGAUUUUUAUUUAAAACAAGAUCUUGCUAAGUUAAAUUAUGUGAACCAA